AUGGCAGAGUGGACCCACCUUCCGAAAGACCUCGUAGAGCUGAUCUCCAAACGCCUAGAGACCUCCACUGAUCUCCUCCGUUUCCGUUCCGUCUGCAAUUCAUGGCGAUCAUCAAUCCCUCCAAAACCUCCCCGUUUAUCAUCAAACACCUUCAAAAUCCUCCCUAACGACGGUAUCUCUCACACCUCUUUUGGGUUUUCUCUGUUCAAGCGAACUAUUUUCCUCGUUGGGUUACCAAAUUCCCAUAACCAAACAGACCCCCAAGGCUGGCUUGUCAAAAUCGAAGAAGAUUUGCCCGGUAAGAAGCACUUGUUUGAUCCUUUAUCGCGGUGCAGGUCAACUUCUUUGCCUAAUAAUCUCCCUCGUGUUUUAGAUUUAAUGAAUUUGAGAAUUCGUGAACUGGGUCAUGAAUAUGUUUUGCAUCAUGUUAGUUAUAAGCCGAAUUCGUCGAGUUUUACUGAUGCUGGUAAUUUAUAUAUGGAGAAAGUUGUAAUGAUUUGGUUGAACUGCGAAACCGAGUUUGUUUUGUUAACCAUUCAUGUUUCUGGGAAAUUGGCUAUGUUUAAGAGUGGUGAUAAGAGAUGGACUAUCAUUAAUGAAAUGCCUUCUCCUUUCGAUGAUGUUAUUGUUUAUAAAGGGAGGUUUUACGCCGUUGAUAAUACCGGGAGGACUGUGGCUGUUGGGUUGGAUGCGAACUUGGUUUUGAUUGGAAAUCCAGUUUUUGGCGGGGAUAAGAAGUUUUUGGUUGAGUCGGAGGGGGAUUUGUUGCUGGUUGAUAUGUAUUUGAGUAUUGAUACUGAUGAAGGGUUGAGUAUUGGUAAUGAUCUUGUGCAGGAUCUUGUUCAGUAUAUGAGUGAGAGGACGGUUCGGUUUAAGGUCUUUAAGUUGAAUGAAGAAGGGAAAAGUUGGAUUGAGUUGAAGAAUUUGGAAGAUCGUGUGUUGUUUUUAGGUGAUGAUUCGACGUUUUCUGCAUCAGCGUCUGAGCUUUCUGGGUGUAAGGGCAAUUGUAUAUUUUUUGAGGAUAAUUUCUUUUAUUCGAGGGAGGAAGGAGAUGAUGGAUCAAUGAUUGGUCGUGAUAUAGGUGUGUUUGAAUUGGAUAGUGGUUGCAUAGGACCUUUACGGACUUUUCCUGAUUAUUCCAAGAUGUUCUGGCCACCUCCCAAUUGGGUUGCUUCAACCUCAUUGGAAGUGCAGAAUCAAAAUCAAUUGGAAGAGCUGUCAAUAACAAAGGGGUUUAGAUCUAAUGCGGUGGUAAACCAGUACCAAAAUUUGAGCCUUCCAUCACAUGUUGGUUGGGAGCUAGGCAACGGCUCUUGUUUGGUCGAGCAAUUGGAUGAAAUCUCUUCACCAAAAAAGCUGGAUGAAAUCUCUCCAACUAAGAGCCGCCUGAUUAGUUUGGGUUAUUACUCAUUGCAAUCAGAUUGUGGAGGGUGCGGAGCGCUCAUGCAGUUUCCAUUUAUUGCUUUUGAGUAG